AUGUUUUCCGCCCGCCGAUAUUUGCUUAGAUAAAUGAAACUUGCAUAAAAGCGGUGAAAUUACUUUCUAGUACAAUAAACUACGAGUGCAUUGAAGUGAGAAACAUGGCCGUUUAUAAUAUUGUUGUGCUCUUUGUGCUAGCAGCAUUAGUGACAACCAACUGCCAGGUUCUCCAAGGAGGCGCACACAUCGAUCAAGGAGGACCUCAUCAAAUUCAAGGUCCACGAAGCACAUUUAUUGAGUCUGAAGCCUUACAAAACCCCACAAAUUGGACCACUUGUGAUAUAACAACAGAUCCGAAGAUAUCCUGCCACGAUUGUAACACCCGUCUCAUUUGCAAGCCUGUUGGUGGUCUUCUGAAGAUAUGCCGUGAUCCCAUGAGACCAUAUUGUAAUAAUGGAAUAUGUUCUGCUGUUCCGAGCGUUGGCUGCGUCUAAGAUUCUUAAGAAAAAUCAUCAGUAAUUCGUAAAAUUAUUGGAUUUUAUAUCGAUUUUUCAUCAAUUUUGAUUUUUCAAUCAGUUUUGACAUCAAUUUGUGUAAUAAAUUUAUUCAAAAUUAAA